CUCUGGGCAGGGCGCUUCCCGCGGGGGCAGCGGCUAUCGUCCGCUCGGCGCGACCCGGCGCGUCGGGUCCUCGGAGGUGCCCGCCUUGGACGCCUCGGGGCACCGGGCGAGGCCCAGCGCGGGCUUCGGGGCCCGGAGGUCCCGCUGAGGAGUCAGGCAAGUGUGGGGCCCGGCUGGCGGCCGGCGGGCCUCAGGCCAGCGGCCCCGGGCCCUGCUGGUCUCGGGGUCUGCCCCGCGGUGUGCGCCCCGGCGGGGCCCUGGCUGUGCGGGCCGCUGGGGCCUGCGCGGAACGGGGGAGCCGGGAGGACGCGGGCGAGCGGGCGUGCACAGCCCGCGCUGGGGCAGACGCCGUCUGCGGUGGUUUCCGUCACCCAUCGUGAAGCUGACGCUUCCCAGUUGUGUAACCGUGAACAGUUGCUGAGUUUGUUUCCUCGUCGUUUAAAAAAGAAAUCCGUAGUACCGUGAAUGCCCGCCGUGCAUGGUGGUGGAGAUGGAGCGGACUCUUGACACCGUUACUGUUGUUUUCCGAGUCUGUCUCCUCUGUGCAAUAGUUGAUGUGCGCGCAGGCGGCACCCGGUGGCUACGCCGUGCCGGGGAACGCUGUGCGAGUCAGGGCCAGCGUGGAGCCCUGGGAGCUGCCUCCAGCGUGCUUUUCCCUCCAGGCGCGUGGCAGAGCUGCAGGAGAAGCCUGCGUUUUCCUGACGGCUUUUUCCUGUUCUUGAUCCGCCUUCCCAGGACGCUGCCCUUCUGUAAGACGGGAGCCUGCAAGGAGGCCUGUUGACUAUUGGGAACUGCGAAGUCAUGUUCCAGGUGACGUUUAGUGAUGUGGCCAUAGACUUCUCUCAUGAAGAGUGGGGAUGGCUAGAUUCUGCUCAGAGGGAUUUAUACAAGGAUGUGAUGGUGCAGAAUUAUGAGAACCUGGUCUCUCUAGCAGGUCUUUCUAUACCUAAGCCAUAUGUGAUCACUUUAUUGGAGGAUGGGAAAGAACCUUGGAUGGUGGAGAAAAAACUGUCAGAAGGUGUGUAUUCAGGUUGGGAAUCAAGAUGGGGAAACAAGGAAUUGUCAACAAAGGAGGAUAUUUAUGAUGAAGGUUCACCCAAAACGGUAAUAAUAGAAAAAAUUAUAAAACAAAGUCAUGAAUUUCCAAAUUUUAACAAGGACCAGGAAUGUAUAGAGAAGUUGGAGGGGAAGCUCGAAAAUCAGGUAGAAUAUUUCAGACCAGUGACCCUCACCUUUAGAGAAAGUCCCACUGGGGAAAGUGUUUACAAAUACAGUACGUUUGGAAGCAUUUUCCACUUAAAGUCUAUUCUUUCUGAACCACAGAGAAUUUCUGCUGAAGGGAAAUCACAUAAGCAUGAUACAUUUAAGAAGAACUUACCAAAAAAGUCACUUAUAAAAAAGGAGAAUAUGAGUGGUGGGAAGAAACUUUUGAAUUCUAAUGAAAGUGUGGCAGCCUUCAGCCAGAGCAAAUCUCUUACCCUUCACCAGGCUUAUAACAGAGAGAAAGUCUAUACAUGUGGUGAAUGUGGGAAGGCCUUUGGCAAACAAUCAACCCUUAAUCGCCAUUGGAGAAUUCAUACAGGAGAGAGACCCUAUGAAUGUCGUGAAUGCGGGAAGACUUUUAGUCAUGGCUCAUCCCUUACUCGACAUCAGAUAAGCCACAGUGGAGAGAAACCUUACAAAUGUAUUGACUGUGGGAAGGCCUUUAGCCAUGUCUCGUCACUUACUAAUCAUCAAAGCACUCACACUGGAGAGAAACCAUAUGAAUGUAUGAACUGUGGAAAGUCUUUUAGUCGUGUUUCACAUCUCAUUGAACAUCUGAGAAUUCAUACUCAAGAAAAACUCUAUGAGUGUCGAAUAUGUGGGAAGGCCUUCAUUCAUAGGUCAUCUCUCAUUCACCAUCAGAAAAUUCAUACUGGAGAGAAACCUUAUGAAUGCAGUGAAUGUGGAAAAGCCUUUUGCUGUAGCUCGCACCUUACUCGACAUCAGAGAAUUCACACUAUAGAGAAACAAUUUGAAUGCAACAAAUGUCUGAAAGUCUUUAGCAGCCUCUCAUUUCUUAUUCAGCAUCAGAGUAUUCAUUCUGAAGAAAAACCCUUUGAAUGUCAAAAAUGCAGGAAAUCCUUCAACCAGCCUGAAUCACUGAGUAUGCAUUUGAGAAAUCACACUAGAUUGAAACCUUACGAAUGUAGUAUAUGUGGGAAAGCCUUUAGUCAUAGGUCAUCCCUGCUUCAACAUCAUAGAAUUCAUACUGGAGAGAAACCCUAUGAAUGUAUUAAAUGUGGGAAGACCUUCAGCUGUAGUUCAAACCUUACUGUACAUCAGAGAAUUCAUACUGGAGAAAAGCCAUAUAAAUGUAGUGAAUGUGGGAAAGCUUUUAGCAAAGGCUCAAAUCUUACUGCCCAUCAGAGAAUACAUAGUGGAGAGAAGCCCAGUGGUGCAGUAAGUGUGGAAAAGCCUUUAGGCCAUAUGAAUCACUAUACAAGUGAAAAGUCAUACAAGAGAGAAACUGUUUGAAUGAAGUAUUUGUAAUAUACUUUAGCCAUAGAUCCUCUCUGAUUCAACAUCAGAAAACUUAUACUGGAGAAGUCUUAUGAAUGUAAUGAAUGAAGGUCUUUAGCAAUAGUACAAACCUUAUUGUACAUCACAGUUCACACUGGAGAGAGACCAUAUGAAGGCAGUCAAUGUGCCUUUAGCCAGUAUUAAUCCCUUCAUUGACGUCAGUCAGUCCACAAUGGAGAGAAACCCUAUAUAUGUAACAAAUACGGGAAAGACAUUAGGUGAUAUGAAUCUCGUAUAAAACAAACAUAGGAGAGAAGCAAUAUGAAUAUAAAAAUUGUAGCAAGUCCUUCGUUUAAAGUGCAUUCCUCAUUCUAUAUCACAGAACUCACACUGGAGAGAAAGCUUCUGUAAGAAAUGUAGCAAAGUGUUCACUAAGUUCUAAUCUUGCUAGACAUCAGAAGAUUAAUGCUAGAACAAUCUGAAGGAUGUAGGAGAUGUAGGAAUUAAGUGUAAAUCUUUCUUUGCAAUGAUGCUAUUUGUAAACAAUUUUGCAGGAGAGCAAACAAGCAUAAGUGAAUAUGCAUUUCUUAUAGCAGUAGCAUGCAAUUUUACUCGAGUCCUACAUACAAGUUAGCUAAUGGGCGUGUGAAGAUACUGAGUUGCCCACUGGAUCCAGUAAAUGUUAUAAGGUUGAAAAUUAAAACUGCAAAAGAAGUAAAAAGUGAUGUGGAUAAAAUUUUUGGUCUCUAAUAAAAUCAUUUUGUGUAUAGUAAA